AUGGGUGCAAUGACUGCCAAGAAAUUCCGAGAAUGGUCUGAAAGAUGGAACGAAGACUUCAGACACUACUACUUCGUUAAACAGAACAAUGGUUAUUAUUCAUCAUUAUGCCAAUUUGCUUCGAAGUAUAAAGGCAAAUAUGAAGUCAACUUCGACAAUGUGAAGGAGACUCUGCUCAUUGUAUUGCCCAAGGACGAUUACUAUCACAAAGACGUAAACACUCAAAAAGCAAUCAGAAAUGAGCUUGAGAGAGCUAUAUCAAAGGAAAUGCCUCGUUAUUGGAUGAAAGAUGAGGCGAAACACCGAGAAAUGGAAGAUCACUUUACACGUGAGGUGGAAGAGCACUACCAAGAGGAAGAGGCCGAAGUCCAGAGAUGA